CAACAGCCGAUCUCGUGCGUGGCUAGGGACUGAGUUAGAGUCGAACGAGGAUCAUCAUCACCGGUCGAAACUUCAUCUAGCGUAUCGUCGGAAGACGAGACAUCAAGCAGAAGGAGCCCCGUCGUCCUACCGUGCAAAGGAACCGUCGCGGCGUGAUCGCAGUCACAAUGACGCCGGAAUGGCUUUCCAUGUUGACAGACACAAGUCGACUUGCGAUCUUCGGCAGUGCCAUUUGUCUCGUUGUUCACGGCUCCAGGCAGUCUCUGAAGUUGGACGAAGAAGAGACGGUCGAUGAGAAUGGCACCGUGGUGACAAAUACGAGGCAGUCGAACCUUCAGAUUUUGGACUCUAAGCAGGCGUUGUUUUUGCCUGUUGGGGCGUCUGUUUCUCUUCUCAUGCUUUUCUAUUUCUUCGACUCGAUGCAGUUCUUCUUCACUGUCGUCAGUACAGUUAUUGCAGGGUUUUCAGUUGCAGCUUUUGUAUUGCCAUUUUUUCAAUAUAUUUUCAAGGACUGCCCUGCACAGCAAUGCCGUGGUAUUGCGUGUUGGAGUCGCUAUUGUGAAUGUUGUGGUCCCUUGUCACUAGCUGGCCUUGCUUCAGCAUUAGUUGCUACUAUUGUUGUUGUAACAUGGGUAUUAACAGCUCACUGGGCUCUCAUGGAUGCACUCGGGUAUGGUGUAUGUGUCUGUAUGAUAGCAUAUGUUCGUGUAUCAAGCUUGCGAGUGUCCACAGUGCUGCUUUGUGGUUUACUACUUUAUGAUGUAUUUUGGGUUUUCUUCUCUUCCGCAAUAUUUCACUCCAAUGUUAUGCUUGAUGUGGCCACCAAGGAAGCAGACAACCCGGUGUCCAUGCUUGCUAAUCGAAUGAACUUGAAACAUGUUGGAAUGUCAGCACCUCAACUGUCCCUGCCUGGGAAACUGAUGUUUCCCAGCACAAACGUGCAAGGCCAUUUUGCCAUGCUUGGCCUAGGAGACAUUGUCAUGCCAGGUUUACUUCUCUGCUUUGUUAUGCGGUUUGAUCAUCACAAGGCAAAAUAUUAUGAACCUAAGUCAACAGGAUUCAAGUACUAUUAUUUCACUAUUGCUCUUAUGGGCUAUGCCGUAGGUUUAUUAUUAGCUUCUAUGGUGUCGGAGCUGACUCACCAUGCCCAACCAGCUCUACUGUAUCUGGUGCCUUGUACUUUGAUUCCAGUUGUUAUCUUGGCACGAGUUCAGGGUGACUUACGACGCAUGUGGGUAGAGCCGUUUGCUGGUCUAGAGAAGCCCGCAGAUGUUCUAACAGUGUAAUAUGUAAUAUUAGAAAAUAAAUAAAUAAUAGAAUAACAACGAUGAUGUAGUAUACACACAACUAGAUGAUAAAGAGACACUUGUUUAGAAUAUUCCCUGGCGUACUAUUCGAUUGUGGCUUGUACAUUGA